UACUUAUCCAUGUGACCCCGGAAGUAAAUGCAGUGAGGAGUUUUUGCCUUUAGCCGAAAACAAAACAAGAGAUUUAACGUUUUGUGAGCCGUGAACUGUCCGUGUUUCGCCGUCCCAGACUAGGAGCUUACAUCGAGAGAUUAUUUCUGCAGAGUUUGAUCUACAGGGACGAAAGUUCUCCUCAUCCAGAAUGAAAACUGUUCUGAUGGUGGCAGAGAAACCUUCUCUGGCUCAGUCCAUCGCUAAAAUCCUCUCCAAAGGAAGCUGCUCCAGUCGGAAAGGCCUGAACGGAGCGUGUUCGGUACAUGAGUACAGCGGCAGCUUCCAGGGCCAGACGGUCCGCUUCAAGAUGACCUCGGUUUGUGGUCAUGUGAUGAGCCUGGAUUUUACUGGAAAAUACAACAACUGGGACAAGGUGGACCCGGCAGAACUGUUCAGUAAAGCUCCCACAGAGAAGAAGGAGGCCAACCCUAAGCUGAACAUGGUGAAGUUCCUGCAGGUUGAGGCCCGAGGCUGCGACUGUGUGGUUUUAUGGUUGGACUGUGACAAAGAAGGCGAAAACAUCUGUUUCGAGGUUCUGGAUGCCAUCCAGCCUGUCAUGAAUAAAGGCGACGGCAGAGAGCAGAGCGUUUUCCGGGCCAAGUUCAGCUCCAUAACCGACACCGACAUCUGGAACGCCAUGAACCGCCUGGGGGAACCCAACAAGAACGAGGCGCUGUCGGUGGACGCCCGCCAGGAGCUGGACCUGCGGAUCGGCUGUGCCUUCACACGGUUCCAGACCAAAUAUUUCCAGGGCAAAUAUGGGAACUUGGACUCGUCUCUAAUCUCGUUUGGACCGUGUCAGACCCCAACGCUCGGAUUCUGUGUGGAGCGCCAUGAUAAGAUCCAGUCCUUUAAACCGGAAACAUUCUGGGUCAUCCAGGCAAAGGUGUUCAAAGGAAAGGAUUCCCCGCUGACCCUGGACUGGAGCAGGGUGAGGGUUUUCGACAGGGAGGUGGGGCAGAUGUUUGUCAGCCUGGCCAAGACCUCCAAGGAGGCCCAGGUGGAGUCUGUGAGCAAAAAGGAGAAGGCCAAACAGAGGCCUCAGGCCCUGAAUACUGUGGAGAUGCUGAGAGUGGCCAGCUCUGCUUUAGGUAUGGGUCCCCAGCACACCAUGCAGAUCGCAGAGCGCCUUUACACCCAGGGCUACAUCAGCUACCCUCGGACUGAGACCACCCACUACCCCGAGAACUUUGACCUGAAGGGGACCCUGAAGCAGCAGGUCAACAAUCCAGCGUGGUCGGAGGAGGUGAAAGCGCUUCUGUCAUCCGGUAUAAACCGUCCCAGGAAGGGCAGCGACGCAGGAGACCAUCCUCCCAUCACUCCCAUGCGUUGUGCGUCAGAGGGGGAGCUGGGCAGCGACGGUUGGCGGCUCUACGACUACAUCACGCGACAUUUCAUCGCCACCGUCAGUCAGGACUGCAAGUACCUACAAACCACCAUUGACUUCCGGGUUGGCACGGAGGCCUUCUCCUGCAGCGGGAAAACUCUCAUAUCGGCAGGUUACACAGCGGUGAUGCCCUGGCAGGGGAUCCCGCUGGAAGAAGCUCUGCCUGCCUGUGAGCAUGGAGACACUUUUACAGUGGAGGAGGUGAAGCUGGUGGAGCGGCAGACGAGUCCUCCUGACUACCUGACAGAGGCUGAACUCAUCACGCUCAUGGAGAAACACGGCAUCGGCACUGAUGCCAGCAUCCCCGUCCACAUCAACAACAUCUGCCAGAGGAACUACGUGACGGUGGAGAACGGCCGCAGACUGAAGCCCACCAACCUCGGCAUCGUCUUGGUGCACGGCUACCAUAAGACAGAUGCUGAGCUGGUGCUGCCGACCAUCCGGAGCGCCGUGGAGAAGCAGCUGAACCUCAUUGCUCAGGGAAAGGCCAACUACCAGCAGGUGCUGCAGCACACGCUGGACAUCUUCAAGAGGAAGUUCCACUACUUUGUGGACUCCAUCACCAGUAUGGAUGAACUGAUGGAGGUCUCCUUCUCCCCCAUCGCCGCCACUGGAAAGCCCCUCUCCCGCUGUGGGAAAUGCCACCGCUUCAUGAAGUACAUCCAGGCCAAGCCGAGCCGACUCCACUGCUCCCACUGCGAUGAGACCUACAGCCUGCCCCAGAACGGAGCCAUCAAGCUGUACAAGGAGCUCCGCUGUCCGCUGGACGACUUUGAGCUGGUGCUGUGGACGUCUGGCGCCCGAGGGAAGAGCUACCCGCUGUGUCCCUACUGCUUCAGCCACCCCCCCUUCAGGGACAUGAAGAAAGGUAUGGGAUGCAAUGAAUGCACCCAUCCCUCCUGCCAGCAUUCCCUCAACUCUCUGGGCAUCGGCCAGUGUGUGGAGUGCGACAGCGGGGUUCUGGUGCUGGAUCCCACCUCUGGGCCCAAAUGGAGAAUGGCCUGCAACAAGUGCAACGUGGUGGUGCACUUCUUUGAACACGCACACAAAGUACAGGUCGCUCAGGAGAGCUGCGACGCUUGCGAUGCCUCCCUCGUCGCUGUGGACUUCAACAAGACCCGCACCCCACUUCCUGACGGCGAGACUCAACACACCGGCUGCGUUUUCUGUGACUCCGUCUUCCAGGACUUGGUGGAGCUCAAACACGCCACCAUGAGGCACUCCAUGUAUCGAGGCGGGGGAUCCAGACGCGGAGGCCGGGGAAGAGGAAGGGGACGUCGUGGCAACCCUAAGAAACCCAAAGAUAAAAUGGCAGCCCUGGCAGCGUACUUUGUGUAGCGUUUCCAAACCUGUCAGCGAAUUUUCAAUAAAUAUCUGAUUU